AAAUACGACGAUUUCUAACUACGAUUACAGCAUUCCUUGUUCGCUAAGCAAGACGGACGAUUAAAUUCAGAUCCAAGUACAAUGAUUAAAGUGUUCCUCGURGCGCUCUUUGUGGGAAUAGUGGCUUCAGCGAUUGAUCAGAACGUUGCCCCGGAUCAAGAUGUUCCUGGCCUCGAAAAGCGACAGGGAGCACAUCCAGUGUCAGUCAACGUCCGAGAAUGCCUACGGGCCCAUAAUGCCUAUCGCGCCCGUCACGGUGCACCACCGCUAGAAUGGGACUCGGCUAUGGCUCAUGAGGCACAAGCAUACGCCGUAACGUUAGCAAGGACAAAGUCAAUGAGGCAUUCUAGCAUUAGAUCAUAUGGAGAAAACUUGGCGAUGCGACARGCGUGGGGUAGYGAUGUAAAGUAUACGUGCGCACAAGCUACAAAGGACUGGUAUGACGAAGUGAAAUAUUAUUCGUAUUCAAGACCAGGAUUUUCAGGAAAAACGGGACACUUCACUCAGGUAUGUACAUGUGAUGUUGAUUUGAACGAAAUACAUUAAACCAUUAACGAACACACUCACCAACCACCCCGAACAAAA